AUGGUAUUUUAUGGCCGGCGAGACCGAAGUCAGAUCCUUCACUGCUUCCUGAUGCACAACCUUGUCGAAAAUGGAGGCUGGCUCGACGAAGUCCACUGGAUCCGAAACACCGAUAACGAGCAUGACUUGCACUAUUUGGACGAGAUUCUCACCCAAAGCGACCGAUACAAACAAGUUUUCCAGGAAAAGACAAAGGACCAGGGAUACAGCGACGCGUGGUCGAAACUCGAGCCCGGCCACAUCUAUGUCAAGAUUGACGACGACUUGAUCUGGAUGGCCGACGACGCGAUCCCAAGGAUUGUCAUCACCAAAAUCGAGCAUCCCGAAUACCUCGUUGUCUCAGCUAACAUGAUCAAUUCGCCGUUGCUAGGCUGGCUACACUAUCGCAUGGGCGCCGUGCAUCCCUAUUUACCUGAGAUCUCCCCCGAAGACGACUCAGCAGCAACUGUUGACCAGACUCCGCCAGACAUUAGGGCCGUCGAACGGGUGUCUUGGAAACACGCCGAUCACCCCAUCUGGCAAGGACCAGAGGGCUACACCUUCCGACAUGACGAAAAGCCACCGCGCGAAGGCCACAGAUGGCUUCGACUUCCAGAGACGCCAGAGACCAGGACGCCACAGCUCCGUCGCACGCCUAUGAUCAACACCACCUAUGAGACAUGGGGCAAUGGACUCCAGUCCUGGGCUAUCGCCGCUCAACACCACUACUCUUUCCUCGAAAACCUGCACGACGACAAUCUUCAUCUAUACAAGUUCGCCCCCAAUGCGAAACCAUGGAUAACCGACUACGACCGACUCAGCAUCAAUUUCAUCGCCAUCAACUCGACCGAGAUCUUGAGUCACCUACCUAUUCCAGAGGAUGUCGUGGACGAAGAGUGGCUUACGGUGACACUGCCUAGAUCCAUCGGGAAGAGCGUCGCUGUCGAUACUCACGCUUUAGGUGUGCACUUCAGCUUCUUCUUCCAAGGAGAGCUUACAUCAACAGAUCUGCUGGGCAGAUAUCUUGAUUACGCGGAGGACAACGUGUGUCACAAAGGGUGA